CCCCAACAUGGCGGCCGCUAAGGACGGUUGUGGCAUGGAAGUGACCGCGGGGAACGGGCGGCGGCUUCACCUGGGGAUUCCUGAGGCAGUAUUUAUGGAAGAUGUAGAUUCCUUCAUGAAACAGCCUGGGAAUGAGACUGCAGAUACAGUACUAAAGAAGCUGGAUGAGCAGUACCAGAAGUAUAAAUUUAUGGAACUCAAUCUUGCUCAAAAGAAACGGAGGCUAAAGGGUCAGAUUCCUGAAAUUAAGCAGACUUUGGAAAUUUUAAAAUACAUGAUGCAGAAGAAAAAAGAGUCCACCAGUUCACUGGAGACCAGGUUCUUAUUGGCAGAUAAUCUGUACUGCAAAGCUUCAGUUCCUCCCACUGAUAAAGUGUGUCUGUGGUUGGGGGCUAAUGUUGUGCUUGAAUAUGACAUUGAUGAAGCUCAGGCUUUGUUGGAAAAGAAUUUAUUGACAGCCACAAAGAAUCUUGAUUCUCUUGAAGAAGACCUUGACUUUCUUCGAGAUCAAUUUACUACCACAGAAGUCAAUAUGGCCAGGGUUUAUAAUUGGGAUGUAAAAAGAAGAAACAAAGAUGAUUCUGCCAAGAACAAAGUGUAAUGCUGACAGUUAGAAAUUUGGUUAUUUUCCAAACACGCUAUUUUAACUGCCUCGACGUUUACCCCUAAAGAUUGACAUAAUUUUGAAUGAUUCUUAAAAAGAUAAAUACCAUUUUAUUUAUAAAAACAAAAUUGGUUUCAAAUAUUUUAUGAAAUUAGCAUUUUCCCCCACAUUUCCCAGCAAAGUUGUUGCUACUUUCAUCCUUUUAUUUUUUGGCUGUCACAAAGAACACUCUUAGCUGAAAUGGCCGAAAACUGUGAGGCAUGAUGGAAGCUGAAUGCUGGAUACUAGCACAGUGAACUUUUUCUUUAUUGGCUAUUGUUACUCUCACUGUGGUUAAGCUAUGUUACAGAUAGGAAAGACAGACAGUUUGAGUAUCUGUGAACUUGUUUUUGUUUAGUAUAUUGGGGAUGUAAAGGUCUUCUGUUGCAAUUGUCUUCUGUAAGUGGGGUUUUGGGAAUUUUUGCUUAACUACUUACUAUCAUGACAUUCUGAACUUUUCAAGAAAUGGUAAUUUCCCAUUGAGAGUUACUGAGGGAACACUUU